AAUUGAAAUAAUGUAUCUAAAAGCCCUCUUUCUUUCCUUCAUCGUCCCCCUCAAGCGCCAGCGAGCGACCUAGGGUUUUAGCGUACCCUCUCUCAUCAUCAUACACACAGAUUGGACUCCACAAUGCCGAGGUAUUACUGUGAUUACUGCGAUACAUACUUGACACAUGAUUCUCCUUCUGUAAGGAAGCAGCACAAUGCAGGGUACAAACACAAGGCAAAUGUUCGAAUCUACUAUCAGCAAUACGAGGCACAACAAAAUCAAUAUUUAAUUGACCUAAAGGUUAAGGAGCAUCUUGGGCAAGCUGCUGCGUUUCAAGUUGGUGCUGCGUACAACCAACUGAGGCCUCGUCUUCCGGUUUUACCUACUCCAAUGAUGCCAAUGCCCGGGAAUCCGAUGAUGUCCAUACCGGGAAUGAGGCCACUCGCCCCUUUGCCAAGACCUAUUCCUGGAUAUCCUGGCAUGCCGCCAAUGGUCGCACCACCUGGUGCACCAUCCAUGCCCGGUCAGGUCAACAACGGUGUCCCAAGGCCCCUAACCGUUAGUGCUCCAAUGAUGGCCCCGGGAAGCUCAGGAACCCCUACUUCAGGUGCACCACCGCCAAUGUUUACUCCAACCAUGUAUCAAGCCAACCCGACAGCAUCAGCACCUGGUGGUUUCGAAAGUCCAAAUGCUAGCGCCCAACCUCAGGAAACUAACCAUUAAUGUCGUUGAAAACACUGGUUGUUGUUUCUUUUUCUAGAACUGGUCUUGUAAGAAAUUGGUUUUGUAUGAGAUGUGUUCUUGAAUUUACAGUUUCUAUUUCUAUGUAUUCUAAUGUGGUGGCGGGAGCAUAAGCACA